CUAGCUUUUGUUAUGGAAAGUGAUCAAUCAACAGCUCCUUUAAUUACAUCCUCACAGCAAGAACAAACGCAGUCAAAAGAAGACAAAGGUCCUGAACAGCUGGAGGUUGUCUCCCAUGAAUUAUUUGACAAGCUCUCUACUUACUUGCAGGCUGAGCUGUCUGGAACCAAAGACACUUACGCUCUUCUGGAGGAACUAAACACGAUCGCUAUUGAUCAGUAUACGAACCUGUCUCACUCCACAACACAGAUUAAAGACAGUCUCCAUGAUCUUGAUGUCAAGUAUAAAUUACUCUUGCCUUACCUGGAGCAACUCAAUCAGCUAGAUGUUUCUGUUGCCUCCCUCGAGCAAGCGACCCUGCGUCUAGAUGCCUACACUAAAGUUCUUGAAUCAAAGUUCAAGAAAUUAGAGAAAAGAUGAGUAUCUUAACAAUGUUAAAAAUCAAAAUGACCGAUGACGUUCCAUUUGAGGUUCGGGUCAUUUGAAGGACAGAUUCAUAGCACAUUAAAUUUUGAUACCUUAGUUCGUAUAUUUAUGGCAGGUAAUAUUGUGGCAGGUAAAAUAUGGCAGGUUAAAAUAUUGCGGAUUUUCCAAAAUUUAUUAUGCCAUAUACCCUUACAGAACUCUAAAAAUAAGGCGAAACUUCCGAAAAACCGCCAAAUUUAACCAGCCAUAAUUAAACGAACUAAGGUAUAUUUAUUGUGAAUAUAAUGACAGGUUCUUUUCAAAUAUAAGAUCUUUGACUACAGAAACUAGUUUCAUUAUGAGUAGAUUUAAUAAGAAGUGGAUAAAGAUCAGAUAUUUUAUGUGCACACUGCACGGCUUUUUAGGCUAGGUGGCCGAGUGGUUAGCAUGGCAGCUUCAACUUUUAAUCGGGGGUUUCUAUUAGAAUCUUUAUAAUCCCAGCGUCGCCUAGUUUAUGAAGUGAGCUUAGGAUUACGUUGGAUAUAUGUGUAACUUUCUCCUCAGUUGACUCAGUCGAAUGAUCGAGAUGUUGUUUUUUACCUUGCCCUUGGCUUAGAUGUCAUUGGCUUGUUACCAUAUUGUAUGGCUUUUAGAUAAACCAAGGUUUUAAAAGUAUCUAGGUUUUUAAGUUCAUUUACAUAAAGGGAGCAAAAAUGAUUACCCCAUACGGCAUUACAACAAAAACGUAAUGGUCAUUGGUCACGUAUGCCGUUCUAGGUUGCAGGCUUACGACUAGACUUUUCACUUGAAAUGAUAAAUUGAAACAGUAACGCUAAUGCCCCCGGGCAAAAGUCAGUGUACAUACGUUGGGUCUUAUACCAUCGCCGUGUUUCAUAUUUGAGAUCUGUAACUUUGCAGAUGGAAUACUGUAACUACUCAUUCGAGGAUUCCAUCGCCAAAAUUUGAAAAUUCGAUUUUUAGGGGCCACACCCAAUCAAAAUUGAAUUGCUUAUACUCGUGUUUCUGAACAUGGUAGAACCUUCAUUGUAACAUAUUUCAAUAGGUCACCGUAAUUAGGCUCUCUGCACGAUUCCCAUAAUGCAGAUCUUGUGUCAACCCAUUCGCCUGAUCACACUUAAUAUAUAAAUUUGAAUGAAUAAACUUGUUAGCUCCAUAUCUGAGAUAUCCCGGUCGUCCUUAUAUAAUGCCCGGUAGUACUGCCAAGUUACUAUCAAAUAAAUACGAAAAUGAACCUUCAUUCGAAAAGAAUUAACAUGAAUAUUCUUUGAUUUGAUGUAUUCCUCGAAUGAGUGAUAAUAGCAAGUCAUACCAGAAAAAAUGGUUAUGGUUAUGGUUAUGGUUAUGGUUAUGGUUAUGGUUAUGGUUAUGGUUAUGGUUAUGGUUAUGGUUAUGGUUAUGGUUAUGGUUAUAUAAUAUCCGGAUCGGAACAUUAUUUAUUAGUUGUAAACUUGUAAUGUUUCUGGGGCCAAAUUUGUUUAUUGCGACAAGGAAAAAGCUCUUAUCAGGAAAUGGAAUUUUUCUACGUUUCAACUUUCAAUGUCACAACAUCUCAACAUCGUAUUCAUGAUCUCAAAUUAUUUGUUAUGUGGCAGUGUUGAAAGUAUUAAAAUAGUACUGUUACAAUGUAGGGAAAAUGUAUCGUGCAUGCUAAGUUCUUGUUCCUAUCUGUAUGUUAACAAAAGAAGACAAUACUUUUUUAGCUAGGUGAGAAUGCAAUCAGUGUUACUUGGGUGUUACUAAGGUGUUACUAGGGUGUUACUAGGGUGUUACUAGGGUGUUACUAGUUGCUAUGUGUUAUUCUGUAGAAUGUGAAAUCUGAAUUUAGUGUUGAUCUUUUUGCAAAUUGAUUGUUAACAUAUUCCCAA